AGUCAUGGUUUAUUUUAUUCAAUCCUAUUCCUCCGAGAUCGCCAAACGCCUCUACGGAAUUCCUCGAGUCACGUUUAUUGUGAUUGCGAUUCGUCAUUUUUCAACCAAAUCGCGAUUUCGAAGUUAUCAACGCCCACAAGAGUCUCCAAGUUAUUUCGCAUCAAAUGCUAGCCCCCCAUUUCUCGCGGAGCUUUCGACGUACGAGAUCUUAGGACGCUAGGACGCAACGUAAGAAGCAAUCGCCCCAGUGAAUCGCCAACUUGUGGCGGAUCUCAAUUCUGGCAACUGUGAGCAUACGUUGUAUACAUAUGUAUAAGUACGUACUUACAUACAUACGUUGUAACGUCACAGCUGCGAAAAAAAGUUUUAUUCAUGAAUACGCCGAAACUUUGAACGAGAGUUCCAAAAAUAUGAAUCGUUCAAUUUUCAAUUUUAAAUGAUCGCGUAGGCCGCGGUAUUGACAACCGAAUUUUGCUGUUCUUUUCAUAAUUGUUUCUUUCCAUCAUUUCGUGUAAUAAGCUAAACCGGACCUACCCCUAUUCUCCGAUGUCGUACGUUCAGCUGCAGGCAUACGUGGACUAAAAACGGUCUUUGAAGUGGCGCCGAUAAACCAAAGAUAUCGGAUGUCCGCAGCAGCUACUGUUUCCGGCGCGGUUAAAAGAACGAUCUUUGAACCGAAGCCCGAGUACAGGGUACAAAAAUGACGCAGUGCUGCGGCACUUGGAACACGGAUUGCUGCCCCCAGCACCAUCCAAUAACCGUAACUUUCGAAAAUCUCAGAACAAAGUAUUCGAUAAAUGAGGACAUCUGUAUUGACUACACCCUGCACGGACACGUGGCUCAGGCUUCUACGCGUGAUUGGAUCGGAAUUUUUCCGCGAGGGUGGAUGAACCUCCAACAUUAUUUGACUUUUGAAUACGCUCUCGUAGCACCGCGAGCGGUCUCCUUACCUAAGAGGACGAUUCUCUUCCCGCGCGUCUUCCAUCAGGAGGCAACUUUGAACACCGAUUAUCAAUUAGUCUACAUUAGUAAGGAAAUUCAGGUACUAGCAGUGAGCUCAUACUUCCGGUUCUUUCGAGAAGAGGAUGUCAACGAAGCGAAACACGCGCUUCAUGUGCCCGAGUACGCGAUAAGCAAUUCCAUUCUAGACAAACGAGAGACCUACGCUGACCAACCAGACGCCUACGGAUGGGCGCCUCCCCCCAAAAUAGUACUGUCAGAUCAAAGUCUCCUGUCUGUACGACCUUCAAAGUCAAUCCCCAGCAACCCUCGUUUCCCUCGUACUUGUAAGAGCUGUGGAAGGCCGCGGGAGAAGAUUUCAGGAAAUGGAAUAGGUCGUACGCGGUUUCUAGCAACUCACAAUGCCUCUUUAGCAGAAAGGGUAGCCAGACUCGAAAGAGAUUUGGCCCUCGCAGAGGGUACUAAAUGUAGUAUAGCCGCAAAACUCCGAGCCUACGAGAGCUUUGUUGGAGAAAUGCUAAAAUCGUUGGCAACGAAACGAACGGUAAAAAUUACAGACGCAUCGGGAAAAGAGAUUUUAAUCCAGCGUUUGGCUAAGGCUGAAGAUGAACAACAGCCAGUUGUCAGUACUUUGGAAACGGCUAAUCAUCCCGAAGAAGAAAACCAUCGGCCAGCGAUAGAACAAAACCGCAAGGAUUCACAAUGUCCCACAAAUGUGAGAAUAUAUAAGGAUUUUGGAGAAAUUGGUGGUAUACAUUUUUUCUUAAAUAAGGAUCGAGCUUCAUUUGGGGAUUACGUGUCGGAGGAGAAGCUUCUUCCGACAAAAAACGAACAGGAGGUGCCGGGGACGGAGAGUGGUGUAGUGGAUGGAUUCGUGUCUGAAAAAACGCAGAUUGUUGCGGAUGUCGAAACGCAGACUCACCAUAUCUGGAAUACCACCAGGAGUAGCUUCGAAGAUCAUGCAGCACUGAAAACGGAUAAUGACGAAGACUUUCAUAAAGACACUGUCCUUGAACCUCUGGAAGUGGCAGAGAAGUUGGGAGAGGAACUGCAGAAUGAAAUAGAAACAGAAAACAAGAUUACGACUCUCGCGAUCAACGAUGAGACAAAGACACCUCAGUCCAAACCAUCCGCAAUUGUCAUACAGGGCAGCAACGUCAAGUUCGCUAUAAUCAGGUACUAGAUCUAUGGUACUAGAGAUGAAUCCACGGCAACGUUCGAAAAUCUUUGACUUCAAGAGUGAAAAUCUCCAGUCACAAUCUCCUCUUGUACCAGGAUAAUGUCAGCGAACUGUACAUCUACUGACCCUCUCCUAAAUGUUAUAUUUUACAAUACCACCCAAUAAAGUCUUCAACCGACAAUUAUUUUUCCUUGACAAA